AUCGCUCACAGACACCAAAACUCAGCACAAGAGCAUCCUGAACAUCUCUACACACUGAGACGACAUGGACACAAGAGCCUCCCUCUCCAUUCUGCUGCUGCUGUUUGGCGUCUCACAGGCGUCUUCUCUCAUGGAGGAAAGGUUUGAAGGAGUGUUUGUGUCAGAACCUGAACCUCUGGACAUCACUACAAGGAUUUUGGAGUCCAACAAUGGAUCUUCUGAAGUCUUGAUUGAAGGAGAUCUUGUGUUUCCCAAAACCAGAAAUGCUCUCUACUGCUUUAACAACAACUGUUUCUGGAAGAAAAACUCUAAAAACAUAGUGGAGGUCCCUUACAUAGUGAGCAGUGAAUUCUCCAGUUAUGAGAGAUCAGUGAUUGCGAACGCCAUGUCCACCUUUCACUCCAAAACCUGCAUCCGCUUUGUGGCCAGAUCAACUCAGGCCGACUACAUCAGUAUUGAGAACAAAGAUGGGUGCUACUCUUCUCUUGGCAGAACUGGUGGUCAGCAGGUGGUCUCCUUCAACAGGCAAGGCUGUGUGUAUAACGGCAUCGUUCAGCAUGAGCUUAAUCAUGCCCUGGGCUUUUACCAUGAGCAAACCAGGAGCGAUCGUGACCAGUACGUCAAGAUCAACUGGCAGAACAUCUCUCCUGAUAUGGCCUACAACUUCCAGAAACAAAACACCAACAACCAAAACACUCCAUACGACUACACUUCCAUCAUGCACUAUGAAAGAACAGCCUUCUCCAUCCAGCCUGGGCUGGAAACCAUCACACCCAUUCCUGAUAGAACAGUGCAAAUUGGACAGAGGCAGGGAAUGUCCAACAUCGACAUCCUGAGGAUCAACAAGCUGUAUGGAUGUUGAAUAUAUCACAUUUCAUACAACCAAUGCACAUUAUCAGGAUAGUUAAUAUGUAGAUGAAAAUUGGUGUAAGGUUAUGUUUUUGUAUUUUGAUGGUGUUGAAUUACUAAAAUGUGUGUUGGGAAAAAUAAAGCUAAACUGCAAGACAAA